GGAGGGAGGGAGAAUGCGGGCGGGCGGAGGCGCGCGCGGCUAGGGGCGCGAGGGGGCCGGACGGGGAGGGGACCGGGCCGGAGGGAGGCGGGCGGGCAGGCAGGCAGGCGAGGGGGGCCGGACUCCCGCGCCCGAACAUGGCCUCCUUCCCCUCCGAGCCCGCCGAGCCUCCCGGCCGCGGCCCACCCGCAACCCCGCCGGCCGCGCCGGGCAGCGGCGGAGCGGAGCCGCGCAAACUUUUGCCAACUUCGCCGCCCGCCCCGUCCCGCGCGGAGCCCGGCGCGCCUCCGCUUCCUGCAGCGCCUUCUCCUCCUCCUCCUGCCGCUGCCGCUGCGGCCGCCGGCCUGCCGCGCUUCUCGGCCGAGCAGGUCUCGUGCGUGUGCGAGGCGCUGCUGCAGGCGGGCGACCCGGGCCGGCUGGGCCGCUUCCUGGGCUCGCUGCCGGCCGAGGAGGCGGCGCGGCUGGAGGCGUCGUCGGGCUCGGCGGGCGAGAGCCUGGCCAAGGCGCGGGCGCUGCUGGCCUUCGAGCAGGCCGACUUCGGCGAGCUGUACCGGCUGGUGCAGAGCCGGCCCUUCGGGGCGCCCCACCACCCCUUCCUGCAGGACCUCUACCUGCGGGCGCGCUACCGGGAGGCGGAGGCGGCGCGGGGCCGGGCGCUGGGCGCCGUCGACAAGUACCGCCUGCGCAAGAAGUUCCCGCUGCCGGCCACCAUCUGGGACGGCGAGGAGACGGUCUACUGCUUCAAGCGCCGCUCCCGCGCCGCCCUGCGCGACUCCUACGGGCGCAGCCGCUACCCGAGUCCCGAGCAGAAACGCCGCCUGGCCCGCGACACCGGCCUCUCGCUCACCCAGGUCAGCAACUGGUUCAAGAACCGGCGGCAGCGCGACCGAGGCGGCGGCGGCGGCGGUGGCGGAGCGGAUGGAGGAGCAGCGGGAGGAGGAGGAGGAGGCACGCCCAGCAAGAGUGAAUCUGAUGGGAACCCCAGCACAGAGGACGAGUCCAGCCGCGGUCCUGAAGACAUGGAAGCUGCUGGGGGGCUGUCCACCAGCCAUGAGGGAAUCGUGGCCCCCAGCGGCCUGUUCCUGCCGGCGGCCUGCACCAGCGCCUCUUCCAUCCUUCUGAACGGGAACUUCAUCACCGCCAGCUCCCCCCCGGCCAUGCUCCUGAACGGGGGCUCGGUGAUCCAGACCCCCACCGGAGGGGUCAUCCUGAACGGGUUGACUCUAGGAGACAACCAAACCCUCACCCUCAGCCCCGUGGCAGCUCCCAGCCCACCCAUCCUCCUGAACGGCUCUGCCAGCCUGCUGAGCCCCAAGCCCUCCAAGACGGAGGAGAUGGGCAAAGCCCCACCGGAACCCCUCUCCCCAGCCGCGGGGGUCAUCCUCAACCCGGUGGCUCUCCAGGGAGAGGUGAAGUCAGAGAACGUCGAGCCGCUGGCGUUCGGGGUGGAAAUGAAGUCAGAGGAUGGGCAGGGGGCAGCCCUCCCGCCUCUCCUGUCUCUCCCGGACACCUCCCCACUCCUCUCCGAGCACAAGGGGGCGCUGUUGGCUGCGGUGCCCAUGCCUCAAGUGGUCCCUUCGAAUGAAGAAAGUCCCACGGUCCCCCUGUUGUCCGUAGCCCCUCAACCGGCAGCGCCCCAAAGUCCACAGAUUGUGCCUCUUGCCAAACUGGUCCCUGUCGGUCAAGCUCUGCCCGCUUCCCAAGGAACAGGGCCCGUAGGCACCGGGCAGGGGUCCACAGUGGUGGCAUCUCCUGCCAUCACCGCCACCCCCCUCCUCUCUCUCCCUGGGUCCUCUACAACCCAGGCCACCGUCCUCCACGUUUCUGCCCCAUCCCUUCUCCCACUCACCCAGGUAUCACCCCCUUCCCAGGUGGUCCCUCUGUCCCAGACGGUUCCCGGGGCCCAGCUGUUGUCCCCACCUCAGAUGGUCCCUGUGUCUCCCACCCAGAUCUACACCAUGUCCCAUGGGGCUCCACCACCUCAACUGGUCUCCAUUCCUCAAGUGGCCCAGGGCUCCCAGCUCAUCUCCUUGCCCCAAGUGGUGCCCACCUCUCAGGUGGUGACUCUGCAACAGGGCAUGGGCAGUCCCAUCCAGAUCCUGACAAGUGCCGCCCCCAUCAAGGUGGGUCCUGUGGCUGGGACCCCACAAGGCCCAGGGGCCACUGGAGGCCUUGGCCCGAACAACGUCCAUCUUCUCAACACCGGUGUCGGCGUCACAGCCCUGCAGCUUCCAAGCCCAGCACAAGGUAACCUUAUCCUGGCCAACCCAACCACCGGCAAUAGCACCAUCGUCACCGGCAUGGCCGUUCAGCAAGGCAAACUUAACCUCACUGCCACCUUCCCAGCUAGCAUGCUGAUGACCCUUGUCCUCUCCGCUCCGGCAGCCUCAACCUUGACUCUUCCCAUCAAGCAGGAGAUGGCGGUGGCCACACCGGUAGCUGUGGGGGCCUCUGAAGGCAAUGGUGGGUUGCUUCCCGGAGUCCCCUCAGUGUUGCCCUCCGAAGUCUCCCCUCUUUCGUCCUCCAACAGCACUGGGCCAGCCAGCGUGGCCUUUGGACCAGACAUCAGCCCAGGCUCCCUUCUUUCCAGCUUUUCCCAGCCAGAGACCCUGUCCGUGUCCCAGCCGCAGGUGGUAUGGUCCAGCCCGGUGAGCCUGGACCUGCAGGGGAACAACUCUGAGGGGCUGUUUGAGAUGGAGAAGGGGUCAAUGGAGGAGCUCCGGUUGCCUGAAGGCGAGGGUCUUCUGCUGGAUGCUGCUGAGGGGGAUGCCCUGGGUCCCGAAGCUCUGGACUCGGAUGAGAAAGUGCUGACUCAGCUGCAGUCGGUCCCAGUGGAAGAGCCUCUGGACCUGUGAGACUUGGAGAGCUGGACAACCUUCUUCAAACUGAGAAUGCCGACCUCCUGAUCCCUCCCAGAGUAACUGAGUUUGCGAGUACUCAAAGUGCCUUGAUCAGAGAAGGCGCUUGCGGUCCCAUCUUUGCACAGGAAUAGUGUCACACUACAGGAGUUCACCGCACGGCCCUUCAUGCUGACCAUGGCAAACCGCUGCUGGUGCGGCCAACCCAGGCAUCUCUUUGUGGUUGUCAGAAGAGCAAACACUACAGUACAGGGAGUCCUCAACUUACAACCGGUCGUUUAAAGACCAUGGAAAGUUACGAUGGACUUUUGAAAAGCUAGUUAUGAUCUCUCCUCAAAGUUAUGACCAAGGCGUUCCCCCUUCCUUGGAGUCAUGUGAUUGCAUUUCGGGCACUUCACAACUGACUCACAUUUACAACUGGUUGCGGUGUCCGGCGGUCUUGUGAGUGCAAUUUGCUACGUUUUUGCCAGUUUCCGUAUUGUUUUCAAAUGUCCAUUCAGAAGAAUGGAUUUGCUUAACGACCGUGUGUUUCAUUUAACCACUGUGGUGACUCACUUUACGACAGUUGUAAAAAUGGUCUUAAAAAUCAAGUCCAGUCACGUGGUGCCUUGAUUUAUGACCGCAACAACUCAACAGUUGAAAUUCCAAUCACAAUUGUGGCCGUACGUUGAGGACUACUUAUGCUUCAUAUGGAAAAGGAAGAGCUGUUUCCAUUCUUCAUGGUGAAGGUCUUCUUUGAACUUCCCUUUCUAGUAGAUACUCCUCUCUGUUUUCAAAGUCACACUACAGCUGGAAGCUGGAAAUAUCCCACUUGAUCCGAGGAAAAUUUAUAAUAUAAAGUAAUAUUUCCUCUUCUCUCGUCCAUGGUGCUAGGGAUGAUCCCAAAUCCCCCUUUGAAGAGGCAGGAAAAUUACCCAGUUUCCAUGCUUUCAUUCUCGGGGUUUUUUCGGUGCCGUUGGGGACAGCCUGUCAUCCUUCAGAAACGUCACCUCUGGAAGUGUGGAGAGAACGAUGGGGAAGAAACCGAGCACACCUGGAGCGUCCCGAUGGAUCAGUUGGAGAAGGCCGUUCUGGGUGAUGAGCGUGCAAUCUUAGUUCGAAUAACCCUGUUCCGUAAUAGAUGUAGUCCUCCAGAACAGAAAAGGCCAGCUGGGGUGUCUCUCCAAUCUAUCUAUCUGCACAUGUGCCUUGUUGGUGGAACGAAUGUUUUGAAUCUGAAGAUAAGAGGACUACAAAAGCAUUGGGCUAACCAUGACAAUCCUAUCCAUGGACAAUGCAAAAAUGGUGUGGAUUCUGCACAGGUCAGCCCUACAGUUAAAUGGUACCUAGAUUUUACAUACAGAACAAGCUUUUUAAGCCACAAUGAUCUUGAGUUACUCUAGAACAUCUCUGUAUUUUUGGACUGAGAGCCAGAGGCAGCUGUCCACCAUAGUUACUUUCACAUGGUAUGGACGGAACGGUCUGAGAGAUGGAAAUCUGCAUUAUUGCAAAACAGUUCCUCUCCAAGGAUCCCAAAAUGGAUUGCUUCUCUUUGAACAGGCUGAAAUCCUAAAACCAGGGCUGAAACAAAAUAUGCAUAAAAUCUAUUUCUAGAAGAUAGGCCUUCUAAAAACACAAUUCCCCAUACUUUGUGUAAAUUAGAUGCAAUUCUGCUGCCUGUAUGUUUGAGUUUCUAUCAUGUGGAUAUAAGGAAACUAAGUACCAUUUUAUUCACACUACAUUCAUACAGCCUUUGGGAAAUUUGAAGAUGUUGACCGACAUGUGAGAAUGGAUUUUAAGAACCAAAGCUAUCCCAGUUAUAAAAUGAAGUUGGAAUUUACUAUAAAUUGAAGAUGCCACAUACAGAGUGGAGAAAGUCAAGCCUUAAUGCAAUGUUUUUCAACCUUGGCUCUUUUAAGACGUAGACUUCAACUCUUAGAACUCUGGCUGGGGAAUCCUGGGAGUUGACGUCCAUACAUCUUAAAAGUAGCCAAGGUUGAAAAACAAUGCCAUAAUAGAAUAAUCUUGCAUUAAACAUUCCUAAUAGGCUACCUGUUUACAUGUCCUUCAGAAAUAUUAAUGCUUUUUUAAGCAUUAAAAUAUGUUCCAUGUAAGCAAAAAUAUUUUGUUCUAAAGAUGAUUUCUGCAGAGAAAAACUGCAGAUGGAAAUCUUGGUUUUUCUAGCUGAAACAGAAGGGAAACCUGGAGAGUUGUCUUUAGCCAAUAUGAACAGAAUUAAACUAGAUAAGAUAGCCCAGAUCUCUACAAAUAGUCCUUGAGUUAUGACCAGUUGCUUCAUGACAAUUCACAUUUACAGUGACUAAGGAACAGUUACUUUAUGGCCUGUAAAGCAACCAUUGGCCAUUGUAAAUGCCCUCCUCUGUGGUGUGACCACAUGUUGGCAACUGGUUGGCCACAAUUUGUGACAUUUUUUAACAGUUUUCUGGCAAAAAAACCCCAUUCAAAUGAAUGGAUUCACACUUAGGACCAUCAUGUUCGCUUAAUGACCUCUGGCAAAAAGAUAAUAAAAUCAUUUCCAAUCACAUGGGUACCUUGACUUGGGGCUGGAUUGCCAGUUCCAGUUGCAGAACGGCUCUACAGUACUUUGAAAUGUAUAUUUUACACACUUAUCCGUUUCAGGUUCUGACUAGGACAGACCUGAUUUUUUUUCAAAGACGGGUAGUCCUCAACUUAUGACCGUAAUGGAGCUUUGCCAUCGUGGUCAUCAGUUGUGACAGUCAAAACAGAUCCAUUAUAUAAUGGACCCGAUUAUAUACAAUCUUUUUUCUGGGGGUCACUAAGCAAACCACUUUGCUAGGUUUUGCUGAAAACUGGAAGUAAGUGCCAAUUUUGGGCAAAAUCGUUGUAAAAUGCAGUCAUGUGACCACAGGAUGCUGCAAACCGCUGUGUUCCUGAGGGCCUGAGGUCUGAUCACAUGACUGCAGGGGGGGGAUGACUGCCAGAACUUUGAAUCUGGAUCACAAGUAACCCCAAAGUAGUUUUUUUCUAACUUUGAAUAGUCACUAACUGGCCAGUCGUAAGUCAAGACUACACGUAACAUAUUUGUCCAUUAACUCUCAAGCUAAGAAAUACAGGUAGUCCUCAAUUUACAACAGUUCAUUUAGUGACCAUUCAAAGUUACAAUGGCACUGGAAAAAGGGGCUUAUGACCCUUUUUCAUACAACCCUUGCAGCCUCCCCAAGGUCACGUGAUCCAAAUUCGGACACUUGGCAACUGACUCAAUGAUAGUUGCAGAGUCUCAGGGUCAAGUGAUCCUCUUUUGCAACCUUCUGGCAAGCAAAGUCAAUGGGGAAGCCAGAUUCACUUAACAACCAGGUUACUGACUUAAUAACUGCAGUGAUUCACUUAACAACUGUGGCAAGAAAGGUCAUAAAAUGGGGCAAAACUCACUUAACAAAUGUUUUGCUUAGCAACAGAAAUUUUGGGCUCAUUUGUGGUCCUAGGUUGAGGGCUAUCUGUAUUGCAAUUAGUUCCAGUUCUCCAGGACAAAAACAUAUCACUCGAGUGACUCCAUAAAGGUUUUCAGCAAGUGGAGGUAACACUCAGUUCAAAAACCAUCUUUGGAUGGAGUUACCAGUUGAGACAUAGUGUGUUGCAAGGUGGGGGGGCUUUACAAUUCACUCUAUUGAGAGAAAUUCCAUCAGUACGGCAAAGCAAUGGUUUUCCAACAAGAAGACCACCUUGGUGUAUGCAAAUAUAGCAUUGUAAUUUCUCUGAAUUUCUCUAAACCUGCCUUCUUUCCCGUCAGGUACUAAAGAAACACAUCUGUUCCCACCGUUUGUGAGAAGCAAUCAUUUCUAUAAGAUAUUUUUAUAUCCUUUGUUUUUUACGUCUUUUUGUGUCUUUUAUAUAUAUUUUAUAUAUAUAAAUAUAUAUUUUAUCCUAAAA